CGGGCCACAGAGCAAGAGCCUGCCCCGGACUCAGAGAAGAAGAGCCGAGCUGGAGACAUCUGCUGAAGAGAGAGAGAGAGACUCUGUUGGAAUUUACUGCUGAGCUCCAGAUUUCUAUCAACGGGCUUUUUGCAACAAGUCAGAAACUUCACGUAACUUUAAAUGAGUUUUGCACUGGAUUUUGAUCCUUCUGUAGAUUUUUGUACGCGUGGGGACACUUUUGUGGAAGUUCCAAGACUUUGGGUUUUGUAGCUUAUAGUGGAAAAAAAGCUUUUUAAAGGAUUUACUUCUUUAUCAGUUUCUCUUCCCACUUGUCGGAUUUCACAGUUUAAUGAUGUGGUUUUUACGCGUUUCCAUUGGUUUGAUUCUGUGCGUCGUCGCGGCGCACGGCGCCUGGGAGGAGAGCACCGUGGUGCCGGUCAGACUGGACCCCGCGGCCCGGGCGGAGAGCCAGUCCGAACCGUGGAGGACUCUCUCCGCGGAGGAGAAGGAGAAGGAGGCGGAGACCAGGGUGUACCGGUUGGACGUAUUUGGGAUUCAGCUGGUCUUGCAGCUAGAACCCGACCAGACCUUCUUGGCUCCGGGUUUUGUCUUCCACAUUGUGGGCAGUCCCGAGUCCGGACCGACCCAGGAGCCCAGGAGCGGAGCCGAGCCGGGCUGCUUCUUCUCGGGGACGGUGAACGGAGAGGAGCGGUCCGCCGCGGCCCUCAACCUGUGCCAGGGGCUCCGGGGCGGAUUCUACUUCCAGGGCGAAGAGUACUUCAUCCAGCCCCUGAACUCCAGCGGCUUCCUGGGCUCCGAGGAGGAGGUGCACACGAUCCGCCGGAGGGGCCGGGCAGCUCUGGCGGAGGAGGGGAGCUCCAAGUGCGGGGUGAACGAGGACGAGGAUCGGGUUCCAGAGAAUCUGGAGAAAGAGGCGAAGAAAGGAGCAGCUGACCCGGAGCAGACAGCAAACCACAGGACCCGGCGCUUCGUCUCCACCCCUCGCUACCUGGAGAUCAUGCUGGUGGCCGACCAGUCCAUGGCCGAGUUCCACGGCGCCGGUCUCAAACCCUACCUGCUGACCAUCAUGGCGGUGGCGUCCCGGCUCUACCGCCACCCGAGCAUCCACAACUCCAUCAGCCUGGCGGUGGUGAAGCUGCUGGUGGUGUACGAGGAGGAGCGCGGGCCUCAGGUGUCGUCCAACGCCGCCAUGACCCUCCGCAACUUCUGCCAGUGGCAGCGGCAGCACAACCCGCCGAGCGACCGCCACCCGGAGCACUACGACACCGCCGUGCUCUUCACCAGAACAGAUCUGUGUGGUGCCCACUCCUGUGACACUCUGGGCAUGGCGGACGUCGGCACCGUGUGUGACCCGGACCGAAGCUGCUCCAUUAUCGAGGACGACGGUCUUCAGGCGGCGUUUACUGUGGCACACGAGCUGGGCCACGUCUUCAACAUGCCUCACGACGACGCCCAGCUCUGCUCCGGGGUCAACGGCGCCCACUGGGGCUCCCACAUGAUGGCCUCCACGCUGUCCAACCUGGACCAGCAGCAGCCGUGGUCGCCCUGCUCCGCCCUCAUGGUCACCACCUUCCUGGACAACGGCCACGGCCAGUGCCUGCUGGACAAGCCGGUCAAGCCCCAGCCCCUCCCCCUGCCCCUCCCCGGGACGGUGUACGACGCCGACCACCAGUGCCGGCUCACGUUCGGCGACGACUCCCAGCACUGCCCGGACCUGAGCACCACGUGCGCGGCCCUGUGGUGCACGGUGACCACGUCCAACGGUUUGCUGGUGUGUCAGACCAAGAACUUCCCCUGGGCUGAUGGCACUUCCUGUGGGCACGACAGCUACUGCCUGGCCGGACAGUGUCUCACCAAGAGCCAGGCCGCUAAACACCAGACUCCUGUCAACGGCGGCUGGGGUUUGUGGGGCCCCUGGGGCGACUGCUCCCGGACCUGCGGUGGAGGAGUGCAGUAUUCAUUCCGCUCCUGUGACAACCCGCUGCCCAAGAACGGAGGGAAGUACUGUGAGGGCAAGAGGAUCCAGUACCGCUCCUGUAGCACGGAGGUCUGCGCCGAGAACAACGGCCUGUCGUUCCGAGAGGAGCAGUGUCUGGCCCACAACGACAUGUCGGCCCAAGUGUCUCUGGGGUCGGGGGAGGGGGUGGAGUGGGUGCCCAAGUACGCCGGCGUCUCCCCCAAGGACCGGUGCAAGCUGGUGUGCCGCGCCAAGGGGACCGGAUACUUCUUUGUCCUCAAAUCCAAGGUGGCCGACGGCACGCCAUGCAGCCCGGACUCCACCUCAGUCUGUGUCCAGGGCCAGUGUGUGAAGGCCGGAUGCGACCGGGUCAUCGGCUCCAGCCGGCGCUUCGACAAGUGCGGCAUGUGCGGCGGAGACGGCUCCACCUGCAAGAAGGAGUCCGGCUCUCUGGACCGCGCCAGGCCCGGUUACCAGGAUGUUGUUACCAUCCCCGCUGGCGCCACCCACCUGGACGUGAAGCAACGCGCCCCAGGCAAUGGUCGUCACGACAACAGCUACCUGGCAGUGCGUCGCCUGGAUGGAACCUAUCUGCUCAAUGGCGAUUACAAACUGAUGACCAUGGAGACGGACAUUGCCCUGCGGGGGGCGCUGCUGCGCUACAGCGGCUCCUCCGCCGCCCUGGAGCGCCUCCGCAGCUUCGCCCCACUCCCGGAGCCCCUGGUCAUCCAGGUGCUGUCGGUGGGAGAGGCCCCGAGACCCCGGGUGAAGUUCAGCUACUUCGCCCCGAGACCCAACAACGCGGCUUCAGGCUCGAACACCAACGCAGGCCGCCGCCAUUCCAUCAACGCCAUCCGAGAGGUGGGAGGAGCCGAGUGGAGCCUGAGGGAGUGGGGUGCGUGCUCCCAGACGUGUGGAGGAGGAACGCAGCAGAGGGAGGUGGUGUGUCUGGACUCUCAGGGGCGGACCUCCAGAGACUGCCCGGAGGAGCUGCGGCCCUUGGCCUCGCGGGCCUGCGCCUCCCAGCUCUGCCCCUCCUGGCUCCUGGGGGAGUGGUCUCUCUGCUCCAAGGCGUGCGGCCGAGGCUUCCGCAAACGCCAGCUGAGAUGCAUCGGCCACGACGGACGCACGCUCACCCACGACAGCUGUGACCCCAAGAGCCGGCCGCGACCCCUGCUGGAGCUGUGCAACAAGGGUCCCUGUUAAGGACUGCUUGGACUGCUUCAGCUUCCCCUAAAGAUCGAAAGAGGCCGAUGAAUGUUUACAUCCAGAGUGCUGCGGGUCUUCAUGGGUUCAGGACGUCCACCGGUCCCACGGGUCAGCCACUGACUGACAGUUUAUACCCAGUUCCCCCCCCACCCUCCAUCCUGGGGCCAGACGUUGAACCCCGGGGGCGAAGGCUGACGACGUGUCGGCCCCUCAGCACAUUCCUGAUUUCCUAAAGAAAAAAAAGCAUGCUGCUUACCGUGCCAAUGUCAUGCUUGUGUGCGAGUGUGUGUGUGUGUUUGCAAGCGAGUGUGUGUGUGCGUGAGUGUGUGUGUCUCAAUUUUUUUUAUGCAUGUAAAUAGUGUCUGUCCAAGCUGGGCUGGACAGACACACGAGGCUGUGGGAGGUUCUAGCAGAGUAUAUAAUUAAUCUAAUGAAAGAGAGUAGAUCCUCUUCUACUUGCUCACCCCAUCAGGUAUGGAAACUGAGAUCAGCUUCGUAGUCGUAGUGUGUUUAUGUUCAAACACUUUUAUUUAUCACAAACCUGUAGCACUUCAGCUUUCUUGUUGCCAGUGGCACAUUUCUUUGGAACACCUGGUUGCCUUUAAAUGCCUCAGUGCACCGUCCUUCAGCCAUAUCUCGCCCUCGCAACCUUCUAUGAGGGAACUCUUAAAAGACCAAAGAAGAGUGUGUGUGUGAGUGUGUGUGUGAGAGAGAGAGAGCGAGCAUGAGAAAAGUGUGUGUGGAGACCUAAAGAGGGACUUGUCUCCUCCUACUACUUCAUAAGGAAGUCUCUCCUGCCUUCUGCGAAGGCCCUUUGUUUUUUUCUAUCAAUUUUUCUCUUUUUGUACAGAAUAUCCAAACAUUAUUUAUUUUUGUACAGCCUGUUAAAUAUAAUCAUGUGGCUUUUUUUAAUAUUAUUUUUUAUUUGUUAUUGAGAUCACAGAAGGAAGUAGAAUAUAUAGAGUAUUUAUACAGUGUUAUAUAUAUAUAUAUAUAUGGU